UUUUUAUUUGGGAGAUAAUAUUAUUUACUUAAAUUUACAUCUGAGAAGGGACGCUGACUGCGCUGGCAAAACAACAUCCGGGAUAUUCUUCCCCUAUAAUUUCCAAUCGAAAAACAAAAAUGCACGCUCAACUCCAAUAACGGGUACACAGCAAUUGUUUACUACAGAAUUUUGCUCAGAACAGACGAAUAGUCUUUGCCACCGAUAUUUGCUAAUCCUCAUAAACGUCGUACGUCGCCGUCAGUGAUGAGUCUCGGGGCAUUCAAAGUCAGAGCCAUCAAUUAUAAAUAUUACUCAAAGGACUGGAUUCUUAGUAACAUGUUCCAGGUUCCUGUGUUAUAGGGAAAAAUUAAGAUACAAGAAACGGCAAAAUUAUUUAACUUUUCAGGAAAUAUUAACAGAGAGGUUGCGUGAUUAGUCUGUCUCCAGCUUCAAAUUUAUCACAUAGCAGUCCAAAAUUCAGCUAAAAGAUAACAGCGGGAGGCAGGAACAAAAAUAAUUAAUAUGAACAAACACCAUACGAGACAAAACAAUCACUUAAUUGAUGCUGGUUCCGAAAUAAUUUAUAUACUUAUCGAAACUGUUUUUUUCUUAUUUUCCGUAUUAUAGUUUCCGUUCUUAGCUUUUCGUCUGCUUGGUUUAAGUCCAAGAUGUCUAAUCGUUAAAUAUGCUCAGUUUUUGACACAUGCUCGACAAUAAAUGCAAUUGACAUUAUAGUGUCCACUCUCAAUUAUGUUAAUCUUUAAAAAUUACUAAUCGACUAAGGAACCAUAUCGUUCGGCUGUGAUUUCUUAUGCCACUGUUCCGCUCCUUUGGGACACUUUGAUCUCUCUCUUCAAAUAGCACGUCAACAAAUUUCGUCCUCCCAAUAAUUAUAAAUAAAUUCUCAACAUCUCGAUGGUUUAAAUAAUAGGACUAUUGAACGUAUGUUUGUAAAUGGAUAAGCCAGGCUGGAUAAUUAGGAGAACACGUAAAUAUUCCAUUUAAGCUUUUAGUACAGAUGCCCUAUAGGCAUCAUUUAAUAUUCCUUUUUGAUUAGGAGAGUUUGAUAUUCAUAAAAAAUCGAAUAAGCAAUUUCGCCAUGGACCACACAGAAACGAGUAGAUUAUUUACAGUUUAGUCUUUUCAGUAAAGGAGUUCACAACUUCAGAAUGGGCCGGGCAAGGUUAUGAGAAAUGAUUUCAAGAUGGCUAACCACACUGUCCAGAUGAACAACGAAUCAGAGAGUGAAGAUUUUUCCCGCCGUUAUCGGCCCGAAACUGCCAUCAUCAUUAAUUGUAUCCUUAACGCUCCACUGAUGCUCAUAUCCAUUCCGGGCAACGCUUUGGUAUUGGCCGCCAUAAUAAGAACGCCUUCCAUUCGCUCAACGCACAUGAUUAUGCUCUGCAGUCUCGCUGUUUCAGAUCUUCUCGUUGGAUUUAUUGCGGAUCCACUUUUUAUUGCAAGAGAACUUACAAGCCACCGAGUUUUAGUUAACCUUGUUGUGGUGAUGGGCUAUUCUGUUUGUGUAAUCUCUCUCUGCACAAUGACGGCUAUAAGCUUGGAUCGCUUUUUGGCACUCCACUAUCACAUGACAUAUGCUUCAUUAGUGACUUCACUGAGGGUCAAAUAUACUCUUGGCAUGAUUUGGCUGACUAAUUUCCUAUUGUCGGGUUUCUACUUUAUCAAUGCGUCUGCAUAUUUCUUUGUCAUUGCUAGCAUGACUGUCAUCUGUAUUAUAACAUCAUCAUUUGCCUACAUAUGUAUUUAUCGCAUUGUUCGUCGACACCAGUUACAGAUUCACUCUCAACAGCAAGCAGUGGCAACUUCAAAUGCUGAGAAUAGUAUAAACAUGAUUCGUCUGAAAAGAAGUGCAAUGAACACUUUCGUAUUUUACAUAUUUUUGAUCAUAUGUUAUUCUCCAAUGUACAUCAUGUUAACUGUAAACUUAUCAAAGAAGGCCAUCUGGACAAAGGAAUGGAAUUUUUCCGUCACCUUGGUAUUCAUGAACUCGUCCAUAAAUCCAUUUUUAUUUUGCUGGCGUCUUCGAGAACUUCGCGUCAUAGUUACAAAGACGAUAAGAAAGAUUAUUGGCAGACAAACAGAAAAUCACUAACUAGACUCAUCCUCUUGGCCUUUUUUGAAGCAUUACCUGAAAGAAAAACUGAGAAUUUGACAAACAAGCGGCGCAUCUCGUUCGUUUCCGUCUGGUGUACAUACAACGCAUGCGCCUUUAACGGGAAACUAUUGGCGCCGAUUUUCCUUCUCUUUUGUUCAAAGCUGUGCUAAAAUUUUGAUCAACUAGCCUCGGAUAGCCGAAAUCCUUAUAGCAGACCGAGAAAAAUAUAUUUAGUGAAUUGACGUUAGCAGACCAAGUGGUAAUUAGUUUCAAGGGUAUCUCCGAGACUUUCAAGAGGCCAGUUCCUAGACCGAUCUGGUUGUUUUUUCUUUAAACUAAAUUUAAAAAAAGAUCGUACUCAGAAAACCUCUUCAAAUAAGUAUUACCGAUCGCAAUACUGGUAGC